CAACCUCCUCGGAGUCGCGCGCGAGGCGUGAGGCGGUGCCGAGGAUUUGAGGUCGCGGGCAGCUAGACGCCGGGACGGUCCAGCGAGCCUGCCAGCCAGCCAGCCAGCCAGCCAGCCAGCGCGGCGGGAACCCGCAGCCACAUCAGCCCCGGAGCCACAGCCGCAGCCGCCGUCCGCGGAGCCCAGCCUAACCGGCCAUGGCGCUGUCGAUGCCCCUCAACGGGCUGAAGGAGGAGGACAAAGAGCCCCUCAUCGAGCUCUUCGUCAAGGCUGGCAGUGAUGGCGAGAGCAUAGGAAACUGCCCCUUCUCACAGAGGCUCUUCAUGAUACUCUGGCUCAAAGGAGUUGUGUUCAGUGUCACAACCGUUGACCUGAAAAGGAAGCCUGCAGAUCUGCAGAACUUGGCUCCCGGGACCCACCCACCAUUCAUAACCUUCAACAGCGAAGUCAAAACGGAUGUAAAUAAGAUUGAGGAGUUUCUUGAAGAAGUCUUAUGCCCCCCCAAGUACUUAAAGCUUUCACCAAAGCACCCAGAGUCAAACACGGCUGGAAUGGACAUCUUUGCCAAAUUUUCUGCUUACAUCAAGAACUCAAGACCAGAGGCUAAUGAAGCGCUGGAGAGGGGCCUCUUGAAGACGCUGCAGAAACUGGAUGAAUACCUGAAUUCUCCCCUCCCGGAUGAAAUUGACGAGAACAGCAUGGAGGACAUCAAAUUUUCCACACGCAGAUUUCUGGAUGGCGAUGAGAUGACAUUAGCCGACUGCAACCUGCUGCCCAAGCUACACAUUGUCAAGGUGGUGGCCAAAAAAUACCGCAACUUUGAUAUUCCUAAAGGCAUGACAGGCAUCUGGAGAUACCUGACAAACGCCUACAGUAGGGAUGAGUUCACCAACACGUGUCCCAGUGACAAGGAGGUGGAAAUCGCAUACAGCGAUGUCGCCAAGAGACUCACCAAGUAAACCACACUUCUGACAGAGAUGCCUUCAGAUUCCCCCAAGAAUCCGCUUUCCUAACAGACUGCUCCGCCUCCUCUAAAGUAGAAGUGUAUUUUGCAUGAACACUUUGCAGUUAUUCAAGACUAGGGUUAAGGGUAGACAACGUAUAGUAGUUAUUUCCAGGACACACUCCUAAGCAGUAUUAUUCCAGAAUCCUCCACCCCACCCCACUGCCCUGCCAUCUGCUAUCCUCCAAGUUGGAGGCACUCUGCUACAAGCGCUGUCACCCGAGAGGCAGUUUGCUGUCACUCUGGAGCCCCGACCAUCACCCGUUCACUGUAGAUGGCAGAACUUGAGGUGCAGUGUGACACCAGCAGACCCCACGCUGGGGUAUAUGCAUGGUACAAGUAAUAUUUAUGUACUGGGGGUUGUACUAUCGAGUAAGGAAUAUGGAAGGAUAGCUGCUGUGUCAGACACGCUAUUUCAGUGUAGUCUGUCCUGGGUGUGCUGAGGGACGCUGCAGUCUGAGGAGACUGCCUUUUGUAGAGACUGCUG